AUGUCUUUAUAUGAAAGGCUUUCUGAUCUUUCUUCAUUAUUCGUCGAACUUGAUGAAAAUUUCAUGUAUUUGUGCCUUAUUUUUUGUGUUGUUGUUUUUAUAUUCUUCUUCUUCUUCUUCUUCUUCUUCUUCUGUCCGCUUUUAUUCUUCAUCAUCUUCUUCUUCUUCUUCUUUUUCUUCUUCUUCUUCUUCUUUUCUUUCCGUCUUUCCUUCUCUUCCUUUAUUUUUCUAGUUAUUCCUUUCUCUUCAAUUCCUUUCUUUCUCAGUUUUUUCUUCUUGCACUUUUUUGUUUGUUUCUUUCUUUCUUCCUUCCUUCCUUUCUUUCUUUCUUUCUUUCUUAUUUUCUUUCUGCUUUCUUAUAGUUCUUUCUUUUUCUUCUUCCGCCUCUUUUUCUUUUUUAACAUCUUCUUCAACUCUUUUCUUCUUCUUCUUCUUCUUCUUCUUCUUUUCCUUUAUUCAUCUACCUAUUACUUUUUCUUCUAG